AGCCGUGAUGGAGCUCGAGCUACAGCACUAGCAAAAGUGGGGCAUGUUUUCAGUUUCAUUUGUACACUCUGCUUCGUGAAACUCCUCGCUAAAACUUCUUCAGCAGCAGCGGACGGCUUCAGAUCUCCUCAGCCUCUGACCUUCACAGAGCGAGUCUCCAUCAUCUGAUGCUCAGUCUGCGUCUCUCUCCGCGCAGGGACUAACUCCUCCUUUCGCGCUGUCUCCUGCACUUGCUCCUCAAAGCGAAACAUGUAGACCGGCGGGUUUCGGGUCUGGAGGACAAGUUUUUGGUCCCUUUGUGUGGAAGUAAUCGGAGGAGAGAUGGUAUGAUCGAGCUCUCGCCUCCGGACCUCUCUCCAAACGGGCUACAGACAUUCGCUGAAGAGUUUGAUGGAGAUCCGGUCGGAUGACAGCGGGAACUGUGGUAAUAACCGGAGGAAUUCUCGCCGCGGUGAUUCUCCUGUGUAUCAUUGCCGUGCUCUGUUACUGUCGACUUCAGUAUUAUUGCUGUAAGAAGAAUGGAUCGGAUCCAGACGCUGUUUGCCCACAGCCUCAGUUUGCGUGCCACACGUGCAGCACAUCCAGGCUGGACGGGGCCGCUUCGAGCCCGCUCUCCCUGUCCCCGGAGCUCACGCCCCCGCAGAGCUUCUGCCCCACCUGCUCUCCGUUCUACAUCAGCACCGCGGGGGAAACGCUCAACGGGGCCGAGCGCAUCGCCUACAUGCCGUCUCUCACCCUCCCGUCUCUUCACAGCCGGCCGGACCUCUACUCCAACACACGAGCCAUAAGCACUGACGUCUGAUCAAAGCAGAGCGGACAGACAGUACACUCAUCCUAUUUGUCUAGCGGGAAACUGUAGUCAAUAACCCUAUGUAGUGUUUUAUAUAAACCGAAUUUCUGAAUUUGUUUGACUCUGAUUAACACUGAAAAAUUGCAUUCAUCUGCAUUUUUGUCUUGUUGGUACACCUAAGCGUAUUUGACACAGGGUAAAAACGCACUUGAG